AUGUUAUGGUUGAGGGGACUUAGUAUACAAACCGCAUCAUCAUGGAAUGAACCACAUAAGCAGGAGUUGGGACAGAACAACAUUGCCAGAAAGAUGUGGUCAGUCGACGUUUUGGUACUGGUAAUCUGUUUUGUAGCGCAUGUGUCCGGACAUGCUGACAUGAUCGAUCCACCUAGUAGGGGCCUGCUUGGUAAAUACCACACCCCCUGGGGAGUCAACUGUGGCGGUUUAUCGAAGCAAAUAGCAAACGGUGGCCUAUGCGGACCAUGUGGUGACGACAUAACUCAAGGCAUGCCCCGAGAUAUGGAAGAGGGAGGCAAAUAUGGUAAAGCAGGGAUCGGAAAGACCUAUAACGAAGGGGAGACAAUUUCUAUAGUAGUUAGAGUCACGGCAAACCACAAGGGUUUCUUCGACUUCAAACUCUGUCCUAGCGCCAAUGUUACAAGACGGACAAAAGAACUCGAGCAAUGUCUAAACGAAUAUCCUCUCGACAUCAUUGAUACUAUCACGGGAACAAGGGACAAGGUAUGGCCAUUGGGAAAUGGAAAUGGCAAUAUUACCAAUCUAGAGCUCGUGUUGCCAACUGGUGUCACGUGUGCCCAUUGCGUUCUCCGCUGGGACUGGAUAGGAGGCAACAACUGCUGUGGCAAUCCGCAAGAGCAGUUUCGAAACUGCAUGGAUAUUGAAAUAGUAGGAGACUCUGUCCCCACACCACCGGCACCUACACCAGCCCCUCCACCAGCCCCUACUGAGGCCACUUUGACUUCCUGUCCACCAAACCACGUACUCAAAUGCACGCCUGUGGCACCUCUGCCCGCUGUUGAUUGUUUGCUUGAUUGGUGCACGAACGAAUGCCAGGCCAAAUCGAACGCAUGUACCAGUGAUAGGUGUAAAUGCAGGUGCGAAUUCCAGGAGAGAAAGUGUACCUACAUGUAUGGCAGAUACAUUGACAUAAUGCCACAACCAAAUGAAUUUUGCGAAAACAUGUGUAACGGUGGAUUCUGUAGCAAGAAACACUGCGAUUGUAACUACUAUUGA